UUCCGGGUGUGACCAAAACCGAACAUCGACGCUGAGUCGACACAGUGGAAAGAGUCGCUCGAUAAUGCCUUAUCUGGCGGCUCGUUUCAAAAUUCCACCACCGUGUAUUUACAACGCGCCAAAGCAGCGUCUUUUACACGCUGUCCACGAUGCGCUGUAGUAGCACGCUCGCGGCGAGUGGCGACGACUUUCCCCGGCGAUGAUGAAUCUCAAAGUGAAGCGUAAACUCACCCUGUGCACAGCGUGCGGCUUCUUCCUUCUCACGGGCGUCGAGUACGCCAUCAUCUUCCCGUCGCUAUGGCUCUACAUCACGAACCGUUUCAAUUCUCCGGACUACAUGCUCGGCGUCAUCGUGUCCGGCUUCAGCCUGACGGGUUUGUUUCUGAGCCCGUUAAUCGGCAUCUGGGCUGACGGCACUGACAACAUCCGGCUCGUGUUGCUAGCGACGAACUUGGCCGAGAUCGUCGGGAACUUCCUGUACUUCGUCGGCCUUUCCCACUGGUUGCUCUUCGUCGCUCGCCUCCUGUCGGGUCUGGGCGCUGGGGCCAGUGCGGUCAUAAUGGCGGACGUGGCACGGUCGACGGAGGAAAAGGACCGCACCUCGCUGUUUGCGCUGCUCUCGGGUUGCAGGCAGCUGGGGCUCAUUCUGGGACCUUCUCUCAGCCUGGGCCUGCAGAAGCUCCACCUCCAGAUGGGGCCCUUCCUUCUAGACGGGUACUCAUCCCCUGGACUGCUGAUGGCCUUCCUGUGGGCCCUGAUGGAAGGGGCCCUGCUCUGGGGCUACCUGAACCUGGCCCAACUGGUGCGCCAGCAGCGCCUGGAGGACACGCUGCAGUGCAGCUACCUGGAGGCCAGCCUCCAGUCCGAGGGGGUCUCCCCGAGCCCCGCUCCCCCGAGGCGGGUCCUGCAGCCCUCCCUCUCGGCCCUCCUGGCACCGGACCGAGACGACGGCGUGGGCGAGCCAACCGUACCCCACACGUGGAGGCGCCAGUCCAGCCCCGCUAUACAGGCUCACCUGAUAGGGUCCCUGAACGAAGACGUUGUCAAGAAACAGCACCAUCGUUGCCCCAUCCAGCUGUCGUUGGAUGACAGCGACCUCAUGAGCGAUGCCAUGAUCGAGAGCGCCGAGAGGUUCAUCCUGAGCUCGGAAUCGACCGAUCUGGCAGUGGCGGUGAGGACGCCGUUCAACAUCAUGGGCAACGCCAGUGACGACACGGAGCAGUCGACCUCCUGCUCCACCGCAGAGGUGAACCUCAAGCCAGAGACAGCCAUCCCAGACACGCUGGUCUUGCGCAAGUAUUGCUCCGAGUAUAUCCGAGAAGAAGUGGUGGUCCUGCUGGCAAUCGCAUUCCUCGUGACCUACAGCCAGACCUUGCUCGAGACUGCACUCGCCCCUCUGGCUAAGGAGUUCUAUGGAUACGGAGAACUGAGGAGCAGCAUUAUUUAUCUCAUCUGCGGAAUGGAGAUUUUGGUUGUGUUCAUUGGAGUGCAAGUGCUGAGCAGACACGUGUCUGACAGAAAACUGCUCCUCUUUGGUCUAGUCUUCAUGUGCCUUGGUGCUGGCUUGUGGUUGUAUUUUAGUCUCUCCGCCAAACCCGGACAGCACAAAUCACUGCCAUUGUUCAUCCUGGCUGCCUUCGUAGACCUUCUCGGAAUGCCCGUCCUCUGCGUGUGCACAACCUCCCUGAUCUCAAAGGUCACAACGAGCGAGCAUCAAGCCGUGACGCAGUCGCUGCGCAUGGGGCUGGUCCAGCUGGGCUCCACGCUGGGCCCACUGUGGACUGGCGGAUCCCUGAGGCGCAAAAGCGUGCUGUUCGGCGUCCCCUACGGCCUCUGCGUCCUCUUCACCGUCAUGUUCCUCGCCUCGUUUCCUCGGCUGAGAGUGCAGCGCCCAACGGAGGACGAGGACUGCGCAGCGACCGAAGAGGACGCCAAAGAUUCCGUGCACAUACCUCUUUUGAGGCAAGCCCAUGAUCACAUGUCUGAAUCAGACUUUUAGAGGACUCGUAUAUGUGUGUUAUGUAAUUGCCACCCCACAAGUGCCUUUUUUUGAAUAAAAGCUUUUUUUUUUA